AUGGGACUGUGCUGCAGUAUCCCCAUUGGCUACUCGAGCAUUGACCUGGUUGUGCCUCUGCAUGCACUGCGCUUUAGAUUAAUCGCCGAAGCGAAUGCCAUAGAAGACACAUUCUACUACCUGGUGAAAGCGCUGGACCGCGACUCCAUUGAUUUCGAUCAUUAUCUGAAG